CGAGGACGUAUUUUUUGUAUUUUUUGUGCUUUUUACUCUGCGACUAAGCAGGAAGAGAGAAAAAAAGGAGAGAAAUGGCGUCGUGGAAUUCGAUUCCGCUGAAAACCACUUACGAAAUUCUUGGUUGGAUCUCUUUCAUUUCAUGGUCCAUCAGUUUCUACCCUCAAGUCAUCUUUAAUUUCCGCCGCAAAAGCGUUGUAGGUUUGAACUUCGAUUUUGUAGUGCUUAAUUUGACGAAGCACUCCUCCUACUUAAUCUACAAUGUUUGUCUCUACUUUAGCUCCGCUGUUCAGAAACAGUACUUUAAGAAGUACGGCCAUGAUCAGAUGAUUCCUGUGGCUGCAAAUGAUGUGGCGUUUUCUCUACAUGCUGUUCUGUUGACGGCGAUCACCUUGUUACAAAUUGCUAUCUAUGAACGUGGAGCUCAAAAGGUCUCUAAGAUAUCUCUCACGAUUGUAUCUGCUGUGUGGUUAGCCGCUGCAGUUUGCUUCUUCGUUGCUCUGCCUAGCCAUAAAUGGCUUUGGCUUAUAAGCGUCUUUAAUGCGAUUCAAGUUGUUAUGACGCUCAUAAAGUAUAUUCCCCAGGCGGUGAUGAACUCUAGGCGAAAGAGUACAGAUGGAUUCAGCAUUGGGAAUAUUUUGCUUGAUUUUCUGGGAGGGUGUACAAAUUAUACUCAGAUGCUUGUGCAAUCUAUUGAUCAGCAUUCUUGGGUUAACUUCUAUGGCAAUAUAGGGAAGACACUGCUAUCUUUGGUGUCCAUUUUCUUUGACCUUUUAUUCAUGUGUCAACACUAUUUGUUAUAUCCGGCCAAGAAAACAAUAAUAGUUGGCCGUCAAGAAGUAGUUUGAGUAAUAAAAAUUAGAGGUGUUCAAACAGGAGAGCAUGAGUUCCAAACUCAUUGACAACAUAUCAAGAUCAAGCUCUUUCCUAUCCUUGUGCAAUAGUUUUAGGGUCGGUUAUUGGACUCAAGAUUUUAUUUGUUUAAUAUGAUCGAUUCAACCUCGAAAGAAUAGUCUGAUUCAAGUCAGAGCAAUAAUAGCUUAUGUACUCAAGAAAGAGGUUUCAGAAUCACUUCAUAAGUAUGGUAGUCGAAUUAUGUAUCGAAGAUUUAUAUUAUAUAUCUUGUCUACACUAUAAAUAACCAAAAUUGUAAAUUUAGUUUCGAUUUGAAAAUUGAAAUAGGCUUUUCAUCCAUA